UAGAGAAUGACAAAUUUUUCUCUGUCGUUUCGUGUCUAGUGUCUACCGAAUCGAAAAUAAAUUUCUAUAAUGGUGGAUCGUUUAGUAAAUAGCGAAGCAAAUGCCAGACGAAUUGCAAUGGUGGAGAAUUGCUUCGGCAGUUCUGGUCAGCCUCUGGCAGAACAAGGAAGGGUCUUGGUGGGAGAAGGGGUCCUGACAAAAAUGUGCCGCAAGAAGCCAAAAGCCCGUCAAUUUUUUCUCUUCAAUGACAUCUUAGUAUAUGGCAACAUAGUCAUAAAUAAGAAAAAGUAUAAUAAGCAACACGUUAUUCCACUCGAGGAAGUGAAGCUGGAGUCACUUAAAGAUGAAGGACAAUAUCGCAAUGGCUGGUUGAUACGCACUGCCUCCAAGUCAUUUGCGGUAUAUGCUGCAACAGCCACAGAGAAAGAAGAGUGGAUGGCUCACAUAGAGAAAUGCAUAGAAGAUUUAUUAAGGAAAAGUGGUAAGCAGCCGCCAUCGGAGCACGCGGCGGUGUGGGUGCCGGACAACGAGGCCGCUAUAUGCAUGCACUGUAAGAAGACACAGUUCACCGUCCUCAAUAGGAGACAUCAUUGCCGCAAGUGUGGUUCAGUGGUGUGCGGGCCGUGUUCUUCGAAGCGCUGGGUGCUCCGCGGGCAGAGUGACAAGCCGUUGCGCGUCUGCCUGCAGUGCUACGACGACUUGACACGUGAGCGAGCCCGUGUGCCACCACUAGCGCAGCCCCCCGUCGCACAUGCAGCUGCAGUGAAAUCUGCAUUAGAUACGACAGGCUCCGGCGGCGACUCCUCCGCGGACGACGACAGCGAUGACGAGGACGAGCGCGCGCCCGCAGACCACAGCCACGACGAGCCAAAGUUCUAUGGUGACGGGGAAAAGACUGAAGAGACCAACAAUCAUUCGUCCAAGGAAACAAAGUGAACGAGACCGAAUGAACGAGAUCAUUCAUAGGGUUCGUACAUUAUACAUAUGUAUUAAAUACAUACAAUUCCAUACAAUAAAACCUUAUGUAAAACCAUUGUACUGCAUCUUGAUUAAUUAU